AUGGCCAGUCGUUGUGCGUUGAUGGUUCUCACCACCAUGCUCCUGCUGACAUUCGCGACACCUGGCGACACCGUGCUGACGGCAGGAUGCCACUGGGUCGAUCACCAAGAAUGCAAUGACAUGUGCCUGAUCGAUAGCUUCUGGUACGGCACCUGCACGUCUUGGGACGGAGUACAGCUAAGUUGCCGGUGCUACCCGUACCGUAGUCCAUUGAACGGCAGCAUUUGCUCGCAACUCUUUCACAAGGGCUGUCAAAAGGAGUGCGUCGAGAAGGGCCGUCGAGGAGGUUACUGCUACCCUCAAUUGGCAACCGAAACCUCAAUCGAGCCGAAUUGCGCCUGCAUUGAGUGA